ACAUAUGAUGCAGUGAGGUGGAGUUUCAGAGUACAGCAGGGUUUAAAAGUGUGGGAGUAUGAACAUCUGAAAAGAGAUCAGAGAAACACCUUGUGUGUGUUGUACCUUUAAUUUACAAAUACUUUCUGUUGAACUGUGUUAGUUUUGAAGCUGUCCACGGCCCAAUCCUGAACAUCUGCAUUUGAAUUGAAGUGUGUUCACGAACAGCUGGAGGCGACUAAAAUGACUGACAAGGUGUUUCCAGCGUUCUCAGUGUUCUGGACUCUCCUGCUCCCCCUGCUGGUUGGGAGUACUCCUAUUUCUCAAGACCUGUUUCCGACUGACUGCUCUGAUGUCUACGCUAACGGACAAACACUCAGUGGCGUGUACACCAUCUACCCUACAGCAGACACACCUGUACAGGUGUACUGUGACAUGGGAUGUGGGGAAAGCCAAACAGAAGACGGGAAGUGGACGGUGUUUCAGAGAAGAAUGGACGGCACUGUGAAUUUCUACAGACCAUGGGGACACUACAAGAAAGGGUUUGGGAACAAGUAUGGAGAAUACUGGCUAGGAUUGGAGAAUCUCUACCAGCUCACACAUAAGAGGAAAUACGAGCUGAAAAUGGACCUGCAGGACUUUGAGGGAGUGUCAGUUUACGCUCGAUACACUUCUUUCUCUGUGGAAUCUGAAGCUGAUGGCUACAAACUCAAUGUUAGCGGCUUCAUCAAUGGAGGUGCAGGUGAUUCCAUGGCGACAAACAAUGGACAGAAUUUCUCCACCUUUGAUAAAGACCAGGACUCGUAUCCUGAGAACUGUGCUAAACGCUUCCUCGGAGGUUUUUGGUACAGUACCUGUCACAGUUCUAAUCCUAACGGGAUAUACCUGUGGGGACAGGACGGCACUCAUUACGCCAUCGGAAAUGUGUGGAACCAGUGGAAAGGCGAUGAUUAUGGUCUCAAAUACAUCGCCAUGAAGAUCAGACCUGUGUCUGUAGCACAGUGAUGAAUUUCUCUUUAUAACAUUCCUGUUGUUGAUGGUGGUGGAGGUAGAAGUGGUGGUGGUGGUGGUUUUGGUGUUGGUGGUGUUGGUGGUGGUGGUGGUGGUGGUGGAGGAUGCAGAUGAUAACAACACAACAAUUUUUUAUUAUUUUUUUCUAAUGCCAUUAUGCAGACCUUUGUGAAAGAAAAGUGUAUUUAAGUGUUUUUUAUUAUAUAUUUUUUAUUGUUUUUUAUUAUGUGUUAAUUAUUGUGAAAAGUAAAGGAGAGCUGGUACAAUUGUAACAUUUUAUGAUUUGAAAUAAAUUACUUAUAAGUGGUUUAAAUUCCA